AAACUAAUCGCAACAUUAUCAGGAUUGAAAAAUUUAUUUGUUUAUUUAAACGUCUUUGGAUGUUAUAAUAAGUAGCGAAUUUAAUGGAACUUAAUAUAAUCUAUAUAUGGCCUUAAUAUAUAUAUAUAUAUAUAUACAUUCUUCCGUGUGUGUUUUUGCAUAAGUGGUGCGUACUAUUUGUAUAUUCAUUGUAAAUUUUUACCCGUUCAUAUAAGCGAGUGUUUUGUUCUUAAUUGUUUUGGACUAUUUUUGUUUGGAUAUCUUAUCAAUUUGAUACUUACCGUAAUAAGUAAAGUUGGCCGUUACAGAGUGAACUAUAGUCCACAGAAAUGGAUACAUCAAAACUGAGUGCCAGGUACUCGAAAGCAGAUCUGUUAGCUCUAAGAUAUGAAGGUAAAAGUCGACAGCGCCCCCAAUGCGCAAGUCGACUUGAAUUGCAAACACUAGGUUUUUGGAAAAUGAAUUUGAACACUGCUGCAACUGUGUCAAAUACAUAUUCUAAUCAAAGCAAGAACCGACUUUCUCCGGAAGCAGAUAACUCGGGCUUAAUUUGUUCCAAUAGUAGCUCAAUUAGCUCACGUCGCGCUAUGAGAAAUCGAGAGCGGGCAAACAACUAUUAUCAGCGCUUCGUACCUACCGAUUCUCUUCAAAUAAGCGGGGAGGAUAAGGAUAAAGAUGCGCUGUCUCAUGGACAGCCCUAUAAGUCGACUAUGAUCGAUCAUCGUAGCAUAUCAUCUUCACAUUUAAUGCCGGCAUUUGCAAAGAGGCGUUUUGUCAUAUCGAAAGGGAGCAACAGCGCGGAAAGCAGCGAAGGGAUAGUCAACACUUGUGCAAGCAAAGACAAAGCACCUAGUUCGCCUAGUCGUAAGGUUAACGAAUUGGAUACUGCUGAUACAUGUUUAAAUUAUGUUCAACCGGAUCACGACCAAUGCUUGUCAUCUUCACCUACAUUUUUAACAUCCCGCCAAGAAAGGCGUAUUGGAAGCGGUCGCCUGUUGCCAAGAAGUGAUAAUUGGGAGUACAAAAACCAGAAUCCCAUAGAAGCCAGCAUUGAGAAUGAAAAGGAAACGGCACUAAAUGGAUCUGGAGGUACAAGCGGUCUUAAUCAGCACAAUCAAGGCCAACAUCGUCCUCGAACAAUCAGUGGAAAGUUAGUUGACCGUGUUCCCGAACACACCGAUCGUCGUUUUCAAUAUGACUCCAAGAAGUCUGUUGAUCGUCAGGGAAUCAAUAAUCGACGCAUAUCUGGUAAGGAGCCUUUCAGUAAUCAGAGCCGUGGCAAGCGCGCCAAUUCCUAUCUUACUCACGAAGAACCUGAAUGGUUCAGUGCAGGACCUACAUCACAGCUUGAAACUAUUGACCUACACGGUUUUGAAGAGCUGGAAAUCAACGAAGAUCGAUCCGAAAUAGAAGAUCAAAAUGAUCAAAUUCAAGAACUUAGUAAAAAUCUAGCUACGCAAGCAUCCAUCGAUAACGCCUUGAUGAAAAAAAACAGUGUCAGUUUAAAUUUGUGCGACGCAAACCCGAGUGACCAAAUGAAAAACACCAGGAAAAAUGCACCGACUUUUAUUCAAAACUCAGCGGAUCUCGGCCAUCACAAUAAAAACCAACCGAGUCAGAUGCAGUCCAGUCAGAGUUCUGAAAGUGAAUUUAAUUUUGAUGCAUUUCUUAACAUGCAUCCCUUGGAUAAUUCUCUUUUGAGUAAUGAUUGUACUGAAAAAAGUGAAUCAGAAGGAACAUCCCGGUUUAGCCGAUGGUUUCGACCUAAAGAAGCUGCGAAUAACAAUGAGCUUCCAGGGUUGCGGGAAUCGCAUGCUCAAGAAAAACUUGGUAUGCCAAGUGUUAAAGAUCUGGAAGCUCAAAUGACUAAAGUGGAUAUGAGGACUGAUUUUAUUAAUCCCAUAGCAGGGUCAUUCUCUCAGACAGUACAAGUGGAAAAACAUAUUGCUAGAGACACUGAGGCAUUCAAAAAACUAUUGCAACAGUUGGGAUCUCAAGCAAGGCAGCCUCAUCUAUGCAACGACGUUUGCCAUACAAUAAAUCUCACAAAUAUUGCAAGUCAUGAACAGCUUGAUUUAAAAUUACAUCAAAAAAUAAAUGACGAUCACUCGCAGCAACCAGAGUUAAGUGUUCACGUGCCAACCAUGCCAACUAGUAGUCAUGUAUUUUUGCAAAAGCGUUUGGAAAUCCAACAUCUAACUCAAAGACUUCAUUGUGGAGACGUUUCACAUGAAUUUUUGGAAAAAGAGCUGGAUAAUCCUAGCACUCCAGCGGCCACAAAGGAUGUAAUUGCAGCAGUUUUCCGUGAAUAUUCUCAUCCUAAAAGAAAUGUAACAGGCGAUGUCAAUAUCUUUACCCAAUCAUUUCUUCAGCCUCAAUUGGUCCAUCAGCACUACUCUCAAGAAUUGCCCUCGCAAAGUACUGCCAACCAUACGAUCAAUCCGCUAAUUUCCCACGGUAACUCCCCAACUCCUUUGGCAUUUACUCCCACUUCAGUUUUAAGAAAAAUGACAGCCGAUAAGGAUACUCAAUCACCAAGCUCUUCUUAUACCCAGCACCCACAAUAUAAAAUACACCAACAGCAUGUCAAGCAACACGGUACUCGCGAAAACGUGCAUGAGCUGACCGCAACAAUGGCUGUACAGCCCCGAAUGAUAUUAGGGGGUGGAAACUUUGCCGUUGGCCAAAAUAAUCAACAAUUGUCUCCUAACAUGUCACUAAAUCGUACUCAGCAAGGGUUAAAGUGGACUUCUGGCAAUAUGCAAAUGGUGCAAGGAAAAUCAUUUGGUCGUCCUAUUCUGAAAGGAGGUCUUAAUUCAAUGACGCAUGCCAAUUCUGCACUUCCUUUUACUGGCCAUAAAAUUGGAAUGCAACCCAUUCAUCAACCUCAUCAGCAUCUGCACCAGCAACAAAGAUUUAAAUCAGCUCAAUCUGUGGAAUCAACUAUGAAUACUGAAAAUGUUCAUCAAAACAUGGCUUCUCCUGUGGGAUGGCACCAACUUUACCUGCAACAUCACCAACAACAUCUUCAGACACGUCAGCAACCGAGGCAAAGGGUGAUUUAUGGAGAAAUGCACCGGCAAUCAAAUCCACAAAUGUCCCCACCAGUCCCAGGUUUUUCUGACAGCUCCGAUUCUGGUAAUGUCAUCCAAACUAAUAGCCUCACGUCUCCUAGCUACCAGAGGGAUGAUAGGAUUUCAUCACCAACCAACCAAUUGUCGCAAUGGUUUUCCCCGGAGCUGCUUGCAAAAGCUUCCGCUGGAAAACUGCCACUCUUAAAUGUGAACCAAGCGCUCAGUUUAGAAGAAUUUGAACGUAGCAUUCAACAUUCCUCAGCCGUCGUGCACAACUAACUUUUGAAGAUAGUUUUAGGUUUAAUACAGCAAAUUUUAAAAUGACACCUAAUCAAAUAUAAUGUUUUAAUGUCUACAAUUAAUUUUUAUGUUUAGGAGUAUAUGUGUAUGGGCACAAACCUAUUCAAUUUGGCUUGAAACAUUACAUUUUAA